AUGUCCAGAGCACGAAAGCAUUGCGUGACUGGUGGGCGGAAGUUCAGCCAAUUUCUUGAUAUCCCGGAUUGGCUCUGCAUGAAAGCAUUGCGUGACCGGUGGGAGGAAGAACUCAUACUCGUUGAACAUGAAAUGGGUUGGACCCUGGAGUUUUUCCUCUUCAAGGCAAGCAUGUGGUUGACAAGGCUCACAUCGAAUGGCGAUGCACUCCCGGAGGGGCACAAGUGUUAUGCAAUUCGGCAGGCCCACAUGUACCAAGAACUUGCCAAACACGCACAAGCCAGCUUCAUAAAGACAAAUCCAACUUUCCAGCCAAUUUCUUGA